AGUUCGAAGAGGAAGAUAAGGAGAAAACAGAUUUCCAGGUUGGCGGUCUUGGCUUUUAUGAGGCAAACAUGAUGCUUUUUGGCUUUUGCGAUGCUCCUGUCACUUUUCAGCGACUCAUGGAACGCUGUAUGGGAGACCUCAACCUGAGAGACUGCCUUAUCUACCUCGACGAUGUCAAAAUCUUCAGCAAGGACAUUGAUUCCCACCUCGAUCGCCUCAGCGCAGUUUUUGAACGUUUAGCUGAUUUCCGUUUGAAAAUAAAACCACCAAAAUGUGAAUUCUUCCGGAAAGAGACAACCUACCUGGGACAUGUAGUUUCCAAAGGAGGAAUCAAGGCAGACCCAAUGACAACAGAAGCCGUAAAGAAUUAGCCUUCUCCUAACUCUAUCAAACAGGUUCGACAGUUCCUUGGUUUUGCUGGAUAUUAUUAGUUUAUCAGAGGAUUUGCUGCCUUUGCCAGACCUCUGAAUGAUCUUUUGAUAGGUCGUCCAACCAAGGAACAGAAAAAGAUUCCCUUUAAAAGGGUCAAACGCUCUGUAUUUUGAUGGAAGGAACCACAGCAACGGGCUUUCGAAAGUAUAAAGGAACAGCUAACAAAUCCGCCUGUUCUCGGAUAUGCCGACUACUCAAAGCCGUGUACUGUCCGUGUAGAUGCUUUCUCGUUAGGACUUGGAGGUGUACUUUACCAAAAGCAGGGAGACAAGAAUCGAGUCAUUGCCUAUGCAAGCCAGAGCCUGAGGCAAAGUGAGAGGAAUUAUCCAGCUAAUAAACUCGAAUUUCUCGCCCUCUAGUUGGCGGUUACUGAAAAGUUUUACGACUACAUGUAUGGUGCGAAAUUUGAGGUUGUGACUGAUAAUAACCCUCUCACUUAUGUGAACACUACAGCGAAGCUUGGUGCUGUCGGCCACAGAUGGCUCGCUGCUCUGGCCAACUAUAAUUAUACAGCCAGAUACCAAAAAGGAAUAAACCAUCCUGACGCUGAUGGACUUAGUCGGCUUAUCCCUCAUGAGAUCAUACAAGCAGUAACAAUUGCAGCAACGGUUGACACUAAACCUCUAGUAGACACCAUUCAAGACCCUGACAAACCCGAUAAAAGAGAUGACACCCUUAAUUUAGAUGACAUCUUGAGAUCUCAAAGCUUGUCUUGAAAAGUCUGGAGAAAAGUUCAGGCCCAGGGUCCAGUCAUUUACAAGAUAAUAGAAAGCAUAAGAAACGGCACAAUACCAGCUCAAUCGAUUUUUUUGUUUGUUUGUUUUUGGUUUAACGCCGUUUUUCAACAGUAUUUCAGUCGAUUGCCGUAGGCUUUCUUUUCUGCGUAAAUGGCCUCACCUUGUUCUUCUCCAAGAUGUCCUGUACAGACAAUCAUCCAUAUCAGGUGAAGAUCGCCUACAACUUGCCCUUCCUGAAGCACUCCGAUCAGAAAUCUUCAGAGAUUUACACGACGACCUUGGUCAUCAGGGUCGCGAUCGGACAACAUCGUUAUUUAAAGGAAGAUUCUACUGGCCAGGAAUGGACACAUUUAUUGCAGACAGCGUCAGAAAAAGUGACCGCUGCAUUCGACGAAAGUCUCGCUCUACCACAGCUGAGCUGACGCUUACUCAGUCAAUGACCCCGAUGUACAUAGUCUGCAUAAACUAUUGAUCUUUUGAACGGUCCAAGUGAGAAUUUGAAAACAUCCUAGUUUUAACUGACCAUUUCAGUAGAUAUGCGCAAGCAUACCCUACCAGCAAUCAGACAGCAAAAACAACUGCUCGGAUUCUGUUUGACAACUCUGUUGUUCAUUAUGGAUUUCCGGGCAGAAUACACAGUGACCAGGGACAAAAUUUUGAGUCGGCCCUAAUAAAGGUGUUUUGCAGUCUGGCUGGCGUAGAAGUGACUAGGACCAUCCCUAAUUAUGCUAUGGGCAACGGAAUGGUCGAGAGAUUUAACCAGACAUUGCUCAAAAUGCGGGGUACCCUAGAGGAGCAUCAAAAGUCGGACUGGAAGGCUCAUGUUUCAAGUGUAGUGCAUGUCUACAACGCCACCAGGCACGAAUGUAUUUGACCUUCCCCUUACUUCCUUAUGUUUUGUAGGCAUCCUAGACUCGCUAUUGAUGCUUUUCUAGGACUUCCUACGGACAAUCUGUUUUCAGGCAAAGGCCCGUCAAAUCGCCAUAAAAAUGUCAUCAACAAACAAGGCCCAUUACGAUAAAGAUGCACGCAAUUCUGUUCUAUGCCCUGGAGAUCGUGUGCUUGUCCGAAACGUUUCUAUUCGUGGUAAACAGAAACUUGCUGAUAAAUGGGAACAUACUCCCUGCAUUGUUCUUCGUCAGCCUAUCGAAGACAUGCCUGUCCAUGAAGACAAACGGAAAGGCGAACGAUAUAAGAAGUCUCGGACUUUACAUAGAAACAUCCUUCCGUUUAUGACCCUUAUAGAUGUGCAGGACAAAGAACAGCCGGACCAAGAUAACCAUGACAGUCUUAGUGAAGAAUCUACUGACGUCAUACAUUUAAAAGAAAGUUCAGACCUAGAUGAUGACUCUGCACAGGAACAUAUUGACGAGGAUCAUGUAUAAUAAGGGAGUGAUCGUUCCGCCCGUCCAUAUGUCAUCCCUAUAAGACGUAAUCGAGGAGAUAUAGGACACUUGAAACCAUUCAGGUAAGCCAGGAACGACGGAAGCCCAAAUGGAUGAUGACAUGAAGACAUGAUAGUCAGCCAAUAUAACUUCUGACCUCAGCAAUAUCAACUUUUUAUUGUUUUGAUGUAGUGAUUUCUAAAGGUAUGAGUGAAUAUGCGUUUGUCUUAUUGUAUAGGUACGGUAUGUGUUAGUUUGUAGAUCCGUCGAAUCUUAGCAUAGGUAGUUUAUCUAUGAUAACCGUAUUUAAGGUUAAAUAACGAUUGGUCACUCUGAAGGCUAAUGAAAGUGAUACAUUAUGUAUACUUAUCUUACUUACCCUAUAUACCUCUGGUAGAAAUACUUACCUGCGUAAGUUAGAUACUUACACACCAGAUACCUUAAUGUAGUAUCUUGCAACCUUUGGGUUCUGUGCCACUUACUUUAUUACAGUGAUAGAGUUAAUUUAAUGUUUAUACUUACCUCUGGUGAAGUACAUAUACUUCGAGUUUUAGCCCAGCUAGCGUGUACGCUUAAUUAUUAGUAUUUUGAACUGUUAUUUUGUUUAAUAGUAUUGGCAUUUUAUUUUUAUCUUAUACUCUAGGUAGAUGUACAGAAAAGUCAGGAGCCUUUUCACGAACCUGGGUUUGAAACUAUUGAAUAAAAUAUGAAAUAUAAAUAUCAGAUGUUAUGCCUGUUAUUUAUUCUUGAUCUUGACCAAAUGUCCCGUUAUUGCCCUAUUCACUUACUUCUACCUUUUUUACCUGUACUAACUGCUACUAGCCUGUCACCCGUAAAUAAAUCUCCAGUGUUCGGGUAUCGGGGUAUGUUGUGCAAUGUACCAUUGCAGUUGAUAUCUUGGCAUUGGAUUAUGUUGUUACGUUUAUAUGGCAUUAUAUAUAUAUGAUAAUAAAAAUCUAGGGUAUUUACAUAUUUUGCAGGCAGAAACGAUGAGCCUAUCACGUGUCAGGACUGUUGUGUCUACAAAUUGGCUACGUGAACAGAUAAGUACCAAUGUCCAGAAGCAAGCAUCGAAAAAACUUAGAAUUCUUGAUACGUCAUUUGUGAUGGAUAGACAUGCUGAUUCUUACAAUGAGGGUUACAAAAAAGGUCAUAUCCCACAGUCUGUCCACUUUGACUUGUACAAAUGUACUCCAGAGAAGCCGGGUAUCACAGUUGGUUGGCCGGAUGUAAAUUGUUUUACCGACUAUGUUCAGUCCCUUGGAAUAUGGCCAGAAACACAUGUGGUUGCAUAUGAUAGAUUUCUUCCACUUUCGGCCUACAGAACAUGGUGGCAAUUCAGGGCAUUUGGUCAUAGAAAUAUAUCUGUGUUAGAUGGAGGACUGAAGAAAUGGUUGGACGAUGGUUUUGAAUUGACAACAGAGGAACCAGAGUUUGAGAGAUCUGAUUUUGUGCCGAAGCUUGAUAAAAAUUUGUUUCGUACGUUUGAAGAUAUACUGGAAAAUUUGAAGUCAAAGAAGGAACAGCUUGUUGAAGCUAGACCUAUGGAUCACCCUACUAUGAUAGAUGAAGAAAAAGGUGGUUUUAUAAUAGGUUCAAAAUUUGUUAGUUUCUUUGACCUGUUUAUGGAAGAUGGAACAAUCAAGCCUGAUGCUGAGCUGAAAGCAAUGUUUGACCAAGCAGGAGUAGAUCUUGAUAAGCCGAUGGUAAUAACUUGUGUGCGAGGAUUGACUGCAUGUGGGAUUGCGGCGGCCGCCCAGAUUCUUGGCAAAGAUAAUGUUCCAGUUUAUCAGGGAUCCUGGCAAGAAUUUUUUAUGAAAGGACCAGACGAAUAUAAAGGAAAAGUACAACAGAAAUCGUGAUUGCAGAUUUUAAGAUAGUGGAUAAAGUCCAGUAUAUCUGGGUAGUAGAAUUUCAUAGAUUAUGAAAAAAAUAGUGCCAUAUUCUGCCUUUUAGUUUUAUUAGCAUUAUGUUUUUACCCGGUGCUUUAUGUAUGUGUAAAUUAUAUUAUUACAUAGAAAAUUUGCAUAAGUAUACAUUUCUUUUAAUCCAUUGUUUAGUUACAAUAAAAACAUGCGUAUAGUCUGUGUACGUUUGACUGGUAAUUUUGUAAUCCUGGCUGGGAUUUUUUACCUGAUUUUAACUGAAUGAAUAUAGCUGCUUUUUACUGUUUUGAGGGUUUUUUUCCAUUACCUAGAAUAAAAUCUAGACUACAGAACCUUUCAUACUCCAAUAAAAAUGCAGAUUUGAAGAAUUAAAAUUCCUGUAGGAACCUGUAAAACUGUGAAUUUUCUUUCUUCUUUAAUAAUUCACUGUCAGCCAUUGAAAUUAAAAGAUUGAAACUUUUGUUACAAUCAUAAUUAUCUCUAGUAGCAGUCUUGCUACAGUUAGGAAGCUUCUCAGGAUGAAUGCAUAUGGUCAGUAAACGAUCCCUAUUUUGUUCAGGGUCAAAGGUCAAGGUCAUAAUGGCAUUGUGACUGAAAACCAUUUCAUAUUGGUAACUAGAGAACACUUGGACCUGUGGCAGUAAUUCUUCAUAUUUUUUAAUGAUAUAUGGGGGUAAAUAGAUGACCAAAAUUCUUUUUAGGUCUUUAGGUGAAAGGUCGAAGUUACAGUGAAUUUGAAACUGAAAGUUGCAUGCACAUUUGCUGCUGAUCGGGUGUCAGGCAGGGCAUAUGUGUUUUACAGACAGUUCUUGUUUAGUUUAUUUCUUUAUUUCAGUUUCUAUGAGCUCUUCCAUGUACACUAUUAAGACACUAAAACAAUUUUAUUACCUGUAUAUCACAGAGGUUUGUGUUAUUAUAAAAGUGUUUGUAGUAUUGUAUAUCUAUUUAUAUUUUCAUCUUGUUACAAUACACAAAAAUAUUUAAAUCUCAUGUACAAAACUUUCUUGCCUGAAUUUGGCAUUCAAUAAAUUUGCAUUUGAUCCCUCAUCAGAGCAGUUGUAAUGACCAAAAUUAUCCUUAUUUGUUAAUUUUGUUGUUCAGUGUUAAACUGAAGUUUUAUUUUCAAGCAUGAAUAAGGAACUUAGAUCUUUAUUAUAUAACUCAGUUACUUUCCAAAUUUUAAAUUAACUGACUGCUUACUUGCUUUUAUGCCCCUAGUGUCAAAGUCGCUGGGGGCAUAUAUAGUGUUUGAACUGCCCAUCUGUCUGACAUGAUGACACACUCAACUCCUACGGUUUCGAUCCAACAGAAGAGAAAUUCAUUGUAUAAGUAACUAAAUUACUGAUUUUGUUGGUUUUAUAAGGAAUAUCAGUGAGUUAAUGUCAGGCAUGGAUAAUUAAGUAUUAGUAAUUUAGUAAUAUUUAAGUUUUGUUUAAAUGAUAAGUACCAGUGAAUACCAUUUUUAGCUCGACUAUACGAAGUAUAAGGAGAGCUAUCCUACUCGUCCCGGCGUCGGCUUCAGCGUCUUUCCGCGUCCCCACCUUGGUUAAAGUUUUCGUGCACUUUCUCUUUUUUCAACUUAUCUCUGUAAUUACUUGAUGGAUUUGAUUCAGACUUAAAAUACUUAUUCCUCAUCAUCAUCCACAUCAUCUGACAUAAGGGCCAUAACUCUGACACCAAUAUUUCAUGAAUUAUCCCCCCUUUUUACUUAGAUUUUCAGGUUAAAGUUUUGAUGCACUUUCACUCUAUCUCUGUUAUUACCAAAUGGAUUUGAUUAAAACUUAAAAUAAUUCUUCAACAUCAUCACCCACAUCAUAUGACACAAGGUGCAUAACUCUGGCACAAAUUUUUCAUGAAUUAUUCCCCCUUUUUACUUAGAAUUUCAGGUUAAAGUUUUUAAUGCACUUUCACUCCAACUCUGUUAUUACCAAAUGGAUUUGAUUCAAACUUAAAAUAAUUCUUCAUCAUCAUCAUCAUCAUCAUCAUCAUCACCCACAUCAUAUGACACAAGGUGCAUAACUCUGGCACAAAGUUUUCAUGAAUUAUUCCCCCUUUUUACUUAGAAUUUCAGGUUAAAGUUUUGAUGCACUUUCACUCCAACUCUGUUAUUACCAAAUGGAUUUGAUUCAAACUUAAAAUAAUUCUUCAACAUCACCCACAUCAUAUGACACAAGGUGCAUAACUCUGGCAGAAAUUUUUCAUGAAUUAUUCCCCCUUUUUACAUAGAAUUUCAGGUUAAAGUUUUGAUGCACUUUCACUCCAACUCUGUUAUUACCAAAUGGAUUUGAUUCAAACUUAAAAUAGUUGUUCAACAUCAUCACCCACACCAUACGACGCAAGGUGCAUAACUCUGGCACCAAUUUUUCAUUAAUUAUUCCCUCUUUUUACUUAGAAUUUUAGGUUAAAGUUUUGAUACACUUUCACUCUGUCUCUGUUAUUACUGAAUGGAUUUGAUUCAAACUUAAUAAAGUUGUUCAACAUCAUCACCCACACCAUAUGACACAAGGUGCAUAACUCUGGCACCAAUAUUUAAUGAAUUAUGCCCCUUUUUGCUUAGGACGUACUUAUAUAGUGUUUUGAUACAUUUUAUCUUUAUCUCUCUUAUUACUUUAAGUUGAUAUUUUUGACAUAGACUCAGGCUAUUGUGCAAUAUCUUCAUCCACAAUUGGAGUCAUUAAACACUCCAGUGACAGCUUUAGUUUCCUCAGAUGUGCCCAGUUUCACUAUCCAGCAUCGAAAUAGUCGAGCGCGCUGUCUCCUGUGACAGCUCUUGUUUAUUUGCUAUAUGGGUUUGUUAAUUGCGUUAGGGUGAAAUAAAUUAAUUUCGGUGGCACAAAAUUUUGUUGGCUAAAAUGGCUUCAUGGGGAUAUGAAUCUGCGUAUUUUAAUAUUUAAACAUUCAAUGAUUAAGAAUUUUUCUAGUUUCUUGGGAUUAAAUUUUGUGAAUUUAGCUGCCUGCUUAGGGAGAGCGCAGAUCUAUGGAUCGCUGGUUUGUGAGUUGGAUUCUUGUGCGAGGCGAAUUUUCUUCUGACAGUUUGAUAAAAGACAUUGUGUUUGAUAUCAUUCAUCCUUCAUCUCUGCUUCAUGUGGGGAAGUUGGCAGUUUCUUGCGGAGAACACAGGUUUGUAGUGCUACAGAAUCUAGGAACGCUGGUUGGGUUAACUGCCCACUAUUACAUAACAGAAAUACUGUUGAGAAGUGGCUUUACACCCAAAACAAACAAACUUUUGUGAAUUGACUCGGUCAUGAUGUCCACACAAAUUAGUAAGUUCACAGUAAGCAUAUUUUACAUUUUUAUAUUAAUAAUUAUUAUUAGUUGCAUAAUAUUUUCAGGUAAAUGAUUAUUUAAUUGAUUCUUUGUUUUUAUGUAUAAAAUCAGUAAAUUAAGUGUAAGUGAUGGUCAGUUAACAAGUCAAGUCAAAGUCAAAAUAUUUAUUGGCAUAAACAUAUAUACAUGUUUUUCGCCAAAAACUAUCAUUUGGCGGUUUGCUUAACAGAAGUAGAUUAGUUUACUGAUAAUGUUACAACAGUUAAAGACUGAAGUGCCACACAUAUCUUAUGUGUUCUUAGGUGUUUUUUUUUUUAUAUAUAUAUAGUUUUCUAAGUCAAGGCAGACUACUCUUGUUUGUUUGUUUUUGUACUUUUAAGCUAGCCCGCCCGCUUAGCUCAGUAGGUAGAGCGUUGGUCUACGGAUCGCGGGGUCGUGAGUUCGAUCCUCGGGCGGGGCGUAUGUUGUCCGUGACUAUUUGAUAAACGACAUUGUUUCUGAAAUCAUUAGUCCUCCACCUCUGAUUCAUGUGGGGAAGCUGGCAGUUACUUGCGGAGAACAGGUUAGUACUGGUACAGAAUCCAGGAACACUGGUUAGGUUAACUGCCCGCCGUUACAUGACUGAAAUACUGUUGAAAAAUGGCGUUAAACCCAAAACAAACAAACAAACAAACAAACUUUUAAGCUGCUGCAUAACUUUGUUAAAUACCUGCUUAAGUUUGUUUUCUUGUUCAGUUUAAUCUCCAGUGGUCAUAUGGGCAGUCCAUAUUUUCUAAUAAGGAAUAUAUUUAUCCAUGCCUCUUUGUUUUUUUUUCUACUAAAAUUAAUAUGCGCACUAUUUGUUUGUGUGUUUUUUUUUAUCAACUUUAUAUAUGGGAAACAUUUUCAUGAGUCAAGCCAAGCUCAAACGCCUUUUAAAACUCUACAAUAUGAAAGCUACAUAUACAUAUUUUGGAGUCCUUAUUAUGUUUGUUGAAAAAAGAGUGUGUGUGCCUCUGUCUAAAAUAUGCAUUUAGAACGUUUCUCAUACUGAGAACUACGAAAGACCCGUGGUGACAUUUCAACUUCGUUAUUUCACGCUUUCUGCUUCAUGAAUUCACGAUUUCUACUUCCUGAAUUCACGAUUUCCAUUUCACGAUUUCACGAUUAAACUUCACGAUUUCCAUUUCACGAAUUCACGAAUGAACUUCACGAUUUCCACUUAACGAAUUCACGAUUUCUUGAUUUCACGAAUUCACGAUUAAACUUCACGAUUUCCACUUCACGAAUUCGCGAUUUCACGAUUUCAAAUUGAAGAAUGAAGGGGCAUUUUUAGAUGGGGGAGACAGGGUGCAGAACAUGAAAUUGUGAAAGCACUUGAAAUAGUUGAUAUUUUGAGCAUUAAAAGAGUAUUAUGAGAAUAAAAUUGACAUCAUUGAAAACCAGAAAAAAAAUUAAUUGAGCUUUAUUUGGAGAUUAUAUGUACAUAUGAACAAAACAGUGAAAACGAGUAAAUUACAAGGCAUUGUUAUGAACAAAGUAAUGUGUCACACUGUAUAAAGAAAUUAAACAAAUAUUCAUAAUUAUGUAAAACAUUAUGAAUCUCGAGUUGUUUAGUAUUCUUCCUUUUUUCUUUUCUUGUACCUAUUGAAAGUAAAAAUACUAAAAAAUACAGAGAGGAACGUUGUCCACUCUUGAUUCCUUCAGAAAAGAAACACACGGUUUUAAAGAGCUUGCAAAACUAAAAAUGAUUUUCUAAUCCUUUUAUUAAACAUACAGGAAAUCGCAAUUUGUAAUAAAACAUUAGAAUAGAAUAACUCCCUGAAAAUUAAAUCACAGACACAAUCACUGAUAAAUUUCAAUAUUAAUUUAUGGUCAGAUAAUAAAUGUAUCAUCAUUAUUGAUAAUUAAUACUUUAUUUGGGGAAAAAUAACUGAAUAGUUCUAUACACUAACUGAAGAUCAGCUGUACGCCUUUUAAUUUUUUUAUUUAUUUUUUUUUUUUGAAAGCACACAUUAACAUUCAACUAUUAUGCCUCAUUAUUCAAAUUGAGAUAAUUAUUUAUAUUGAAGAAAUCGCAAAAAUAAUGAAAUCAGAACUCCUUUAAAGAUCAAUGCAAUCAAAAUGAUUGUUUCUAAAGUACAUGAGAUAACACAGUUCUAUUUUCAGUGUACAUGGUGAAGUAAUACAUGUGUACAGAAAUGUGCAUUUGGUUGUGUUUAGGUGGAUUCUACCAAGUUACGCCUAAAAGGACAAUUCUUAUAUAGAAUAUUUGCUGACGCAUUUAUCAUCUUACUUAUGUAAUCUUACUUAUGUCAGUUGUUGGUGCGCUGUAAAACCCAAAUAAAUAAAUAAAUACUUA